AAUAAUGUCUCUUCUCUAUCGGUAAACUCUCCGCGUGAGCUCAUGCGUUACCAGCUCUAAAGCCAGUACAAGUCAAUGCUAGCUAAAUGGCUGAUAUCCACGCAACACUAGAAAAUGCAUCGAGUCGCACUGUGCCAUCUACUACAUAUCUCUGGCAUGACAGGGCCCUCGCAGUCGGUGGCGGCUCUCGCUCCUCUUACCCACGCGCGGGCCGGCCGAAGUAUAUUCCAAGCAGAAGCAGCAAAAGCUAGCUCGCCAUCCAUCCAUGGCUUCGUUCGGACCGACAGAUUUGCCAAACUCAGAGCACGACAAGCACGCCGGCCAAGGUACGCUGAUCUUCAGCUACACUUGUGUCAGCCUCACGGGCACGGCGGUCUUCGCCGUCCUCUUCUUCUUCUGCUACAAAAUCCGCAACAGAACGCCGGUGGCCGCCGCGGGGGCGGAGACAGCCCGCCGUCGUGCCGUGGACCUCACCAAGCUACCGGAGUUCGCGUACACACGCUCCGCACGGCACAAAGGCGAGAGCGGAGGCGGCGGCGACGGUGCGCAGUGCUCGGUGUGCCUUGGCACGGUGCAGGCAGGCGAGAUUGUGCGGAUGCUGCCCCUGUGCAAGCACCUCUACCACAUUGAGUGCAUCGACAUGUGGCUGGCGUCGCACGACACCUGCCCGCUUUGCCGUUCGGAGGUUGAGCCGCUGGAGGACGACGGGCAGCCCUCGCCGACGACGGAGCUGCUGGUGUAAUGCGCCGACCGGCGCCCGGCCAUCGAAGUUGGUCUCCGGCAAGGUGCAUGGUAAUUAGUUGUACCUUGUCGCACGUGUUUUAGCUAGUUAUUAAUAUGUACAGCAUCGGCAUUUAGUUGAAACUUGUAAUGCAUUUACACAAGGAAGUUUUUGUUCUGGGUCUGCAAGAUCACCACUCUUGUUGAGUUCCAUUGUGCUCAAUUUCUAGGAUUGCUUGACUGAAACAUACAUAUAUUCAUGCUUCUAGCUAUUUCUAAGAUUGUGCUAGAAGUUUUUGUAUGAAAGCAUUUCCUCAUAUUAUGAAAAUUUACUGGCGCGGACGAGUACCAGCUGGAAAUACUGGUUAAAAUACCGUCUGAGAUUUUUUUAAACAUAUUUAUUAAUUUAGCUGGAAUCUGUCAAAACAUUUGAAAAUUAAGGAAAGUUUAGAAAUACUGGUUAAUAUCGGCCGGUAUUUUCUUAUACAUGUGGGCAACGGAAAUACCUGCUGAGAAAAAACUCUUGGCUCAUACAUACAUUCAAGCGACAUACAGUUAUACUCCAUAUAUGUAAUCUAUACCUACUAAUAAAACCAAAAGAGUUUCUUGUUGAUCCGUUUUUUAUUGCUCCUGUUUUUCAAUUGGAAUUACGGCGCCACCACCACCAAGUGAAAAAACUGUUCACCCAGGCAAGAUUCACAAUUCCCCACGGUCCACUGGUUAACCAACGCGCGCACCGGCUCGCGGUGUAGAUCUACCGCCAGAAGGAAGAUUUCCAUCGAUUCAAACAAGAGAGGAACUUCGUCAAGGAUUCAGAUCGAUUUCGAUUUGCGUACAUAUAAGCAACAGCUAGAGGCAAUGCCCCGGAAGGUGAGGAGGACGACGCCUAGGAGCGAUGUGCGAGAAGCUGCAGCAGAGGCAACGAAUCGACACCGCCGCCGUCAGUAGCAACACCGAUGGCUCCAGAUCCG